AUGCUAAAUGCGUGCUUCAGGAAUGCAGACAUAGUCUCUGCUGAAAACAUGUUCAACCAAAUGCCUCACAGAGAUGUGGUUUCUUGGACCACCAUGGUUAAUGGAUUCACCAAGAACAAGCAAUAUAAGAAGGUCAUGGACUUCUUUGGGCUAAUGUUAGGCUCUAAUGUUAGGCCUAAUGAGGCCACAUUGGUGAGUGUUCUAUCAGCCAUGGCCAACUUGUCUUGCCUAGAUGAAGGACAAGCAUGUCAUGGCUAUGUGGUUAGGAACCAUCUUAAUUUGAGUGCUAACAUGGGAACAGCUUUGAUAGACAUGUAUGCUAAAUGUGGAUGCAUUAAUGAAGCCAUGCAAGUGUUUUCAAUGGUGAAUGUGAGAGAGAGAGGCAUUUGUACAUGGAAUGCGGCCAUCAUGGCCUUAGCAACACAUGGGCUCCUGGACCAAGCUCUAGAGCUUUAUGAGCUCAUGCAAAAAGCUAAGGUCCGACCCAAUUCAGUCACGUUUGUGGGUGCAUUAUCGGCCUGUGCAAGAGGAGGACUUGUGGACAAAGGGCUUGAGAUUUUUGGCUCAAUGGGCCAGCUUCAUGGCGUGCAACCAAGAAUGGAGCACUAUGGGUGCAUGGUGAACCUACUCGGUCGAGCUGGGCUUAUGGACCGGGCCCUUGAGUUGAUUAAAGAUAUGCCCUUCGAGCCAGAUUGUUCAGUGUGGGGUGCACUAUUGGGUGCGUGUUCGGUCCAGGGGGAUGUGGGGUUGGGUGAGGUUAUAGGGCUCUGUGCAAUAGAGGCACAGCCUAUGCAUUGCGGGCGGUAUGUGAUUUUGUCGAAUAUUUAUGCAACAGCCGGUCGGUGGGCUGAGGCGGCAGAGAUGAGAGAAAUGAUGGCAAAGAGAGGGAUAAAAAAGGUGGUUGGAUGGAGCCGGAUUUGGCAAGUUGCAUGA